AUGGCAAAGGAUCCAGCAACGACGCGAAUUCCACGCUUGGAUGGCAUGUCGCGCAUUCCAUCGCCGGGAAGAUUUGGUGGCACCUCAGCCACCACCUCACACAUUCGCCCGCCCACAGCCACAGCCACCGCAUUGAAGUCCCCGACACAAAUCUUUCAUGCUCCCGCCUUGCCGACGGCCAGCAAGAAGCGUCCCAUCAGCUCGUAUCAUCCGACGGUGACGCCGCUUCACGAUCUGGGCGCCAACAUCAAGAAGAGCGCUUCGGGGCAGCGUCUAAAUAACGCGGUCAGUUUGAUCGGCGAACGCACGACAACGGUGCUGAAAAAGUACUUUGGUCAGGCAAAGAUUGGCACAGGAAGUGCAACUCCCUCACAGCUCAUGACCAGCUCCUUGCCACAAACACCGCUGCCAGCUGCAAAGCAGCAACAACAACAGCAGCAGCUGCAGCAGCCGCAACAGUUGCAACAGCAAUUGCAGCUUACGAGCAGCACGCCAAUUCCGCUGAUGCGUUCCGAGACCUUUGUGUGCGAUGAGGAGACGUCUGAGAAGGAGCAGCAGACUCUAAUUGCUCACCGCAUCAAUCUGGAGAGCACGAGACUCUCGAGCGUGGGAUUCGGACGCACCUUGGACAUGGACAGCACAAUGAGUGUGAGCAACAAGACGAGCAGCAUGAAUAGAACGCGUCCCGUUGUUGAUCGAACUCUAACCGGGAUGACAGCUGGCAAUGAUGCCACUCAAGUGUUGGCGGGCAGCAGCUGUGGCCGCGAUCGCACACGUCCUGUCAUUCAGACAACUCAGUUGAGCACACAGAGUCUCGAUCUGACCAAGAGCAUGGAUCAAUUGCCGUUGUUGGAGCACAUGUCCAUACCCUCGGGUCUGGAUAUGCUGAGCGCACAGUCGGAGCUGGAGGAGCAACAGGCCAGCAGCGAGUUGGUUGCGGAUUUGGAUGUCACUAUGACGGCGCUGGCGCCGGAUAAAACCAACUUGAAGCUGCCGCUCAAUUCGACCGUCAAUACCGAACGCUUGCUGGACAUUAGCGGACUGGAAUCGCCGGCGAGGCACAUACAACUCUUGAAUUUGACGCGAGAGUUUCUGGAGCAGACGUCACCACAAUUGUCAAGUGCUGCCACAGCUGCUGGCGGAGGAGGAAACGGACGUCGUUCGAUUGGACAACAAUCGCUGGUUCACCUAACACCGCAAUCGGCCACAACAACGCCGCUUGGGGCACGUUUCCAGUACACGCCGGUGCCGGUGCAUUUGCUCUCGCCACUGUUGAAGGCGGCACGCAGUGAUCUUGUGUUGCCCACACGCACACCGGACGGGGAGUUGCCCCAUCUCGAUGGCGCGCUGGCGGGUGUGGUGCACUGCGGUGCAAUGCGGAAUGCGCCACGCACACGCUACAGUUUUGGUCUGGAGUUGCCGGAGUGUACGUUGGACUCUUCUAUUGAGUUAGUGGAGAGUUCGUUCUCGGCAUCGCAACAGCAGCUGCAACAGUUGCAGCAGCAAUUGUUUAGGAGGCACAGCUUUGAUCUAGAUGAGAGCCUGGGCAUUUUGACGCCGGAUCAGAUGAAGGAGUUCCUGGACUCGUCAUCGCAACACAAUCAGAGUCAUCAGCAGUUGGAAUUGCAAUUGGCGGCAGUGCAGCAGCAUCAUCAGCAGCAACUACAACACCAACAUCAACUUCAACAGCAGCAACAACAUUUGCAGCUGCAGCAACAGCUGCGCAUGGAGCAGACGCCAUCGCCCGAGGAGUUGCCACUGGAUCCCAUCGAGCCGCAGCUGGUGUCAGCCAUAGCCAUUGCACCCCUUGUGCCAGCCACAGCAGCGGUGACGACAACAGCAGUAGCUGCGGCUGCAGCAGCAAGCACAAAUGCCAAGCAGCUGAGCAACAGUUUCAUUACCAGCGUGACCAGUGUGACCAGCCUCGAUACGGGCUAUCAGGGCGAUGGAGAGAUGUCGCGUCCCGCUUCCCGCGGCGCCUGCGAUCAUUCGCCCAGCAAUGGCCCCCACUUGGGUCGCGUCAGUCGUCAGCCUAGUUUUCCACCAAUGCCAGCGGCGCCAAUGCGACGUCAAGAUCCGAUGACCGACUCGGAUUUCUUCACCGAAUCCGAUGCGGAUGAUGUGUUGCAGCGUGGCGAUCGACGCGCCCAAGUCAUUGAUGGUCAGCUUUAUGGACCAGCAGCGGGAAUGCAGCCGAGUGCCUCGGUGCCGCAGAUGGAGGAUUCAUGCAUGGAAUCCUCGGGUAUUUUCACUGAUGUGGAGAAUCGCUGUGAUGAGGAAAUGCGGUUGCCAGAGCUGGAAGUCGAUGUGGAUGAUGUGGGGGAUGUCGAUGUCGAUAUGUCACCCGAUGACUCCACGCAAACCAUGCGCAAAGCUCAAGGUCAAGCUCAGUCGGUCAAUCAACAGCAACAACAAAGUCUCCACAACACAACUCUACAACAACAGCGUCCGCUCUCUUCGUCAUCGGCAGCGACGCUUUCGCUCUCCAAUCGCACCUCAUACUGCAGCGUCGACGGCGGCAGCGCGAAGAGCUUUUGCGACGAAGCUUUCAGCAGCAACAGCAGCAGCUGCGCCGGCAGCGAGCAGCGAUCGUCGGCAGCGCUUUCAGUACAGCGCGCAGCGUCGCCGCGUCAACAACACGUCGCUUCGUCGUUAACAUCGCUCUGCACCGUUGAGAACUUGUCGUCGAGCUCAUCGCUCGCCGCGUCGCCAAAAGCAACAAAGAUAAAAACCACAACAGUAACUACAACAACAAGUGCGGCAGGCAAAGCUUCUCCAAUUCAAGCAACAAAAACAACAACGCCGCGCAGUGCAAAAACACAAAACGCGCGUAAAUCGCAUACGCCCAAUAAAUGGGAUGCCGUUAUGCAUAAAAUCGCCAGCAAUAAGUCAACAAUUAAAACAAAUUAUAGUGAUGUGAAAUCCAAAGUGUCCACAACGCGUGCCGCCAACAUGGCCGGACCGCCAAACGGUGCAACGGCAGCCACAUCUGGCAACGCCACCACCACUUCUAAUAGCCCCACUAGCAGCGGCAGUCCGCGCAUCACGCCCUCGGUGCGUCGCUCGCCCUCUGUGACGCCCUCAAAUGUCAAGCGCAGCAGCGUCAACAGCAACAGCAACAGCAGCUCCAAGUCGCCGUCAUCGGUGACCACGACGCCGGCGUCGACGUCAACACGGCAGCCACAGGAUAAAGGCUCAGUUGGCGCCGGCGUCAGCGUUUUUGCGCGUCUCGCAAAGUCUCCGACAUCGCCCACAGCGUCGAGUGCAGCAAAGCGGUUGCAGCCAGUGCUAAUUAAUCGUGGACGUUCUUAUAGCAAGGAUAGCCAGAAGAGCUCGCACAGCGAUCUGAGCUCAUUGUGCAACGGCAACGGCUCCCCAAAAUUAUUGGCAAAAACUCCACUGCGAGCUGCCAAGAAGCGUGAUGUUCGCAAUUUGAGCAUAUCACCAACAGAUCUGGGACCGCCGCCAAAGACCCAACAAACAACCAAGGGACAAUCGACGCACACCAAAUCCACAACGCCAACGCCCACAGCGAUACAAAAACGUUUGAAUAGCAGCGCUCCUUCAACCACUUCGAUCAGCACAAAUUCGUCGAUCGUCAAGGGCGCAAUAAAGGCAACUGCACAGAGUAAACAGCAACAAAAUGUGAAAAAGCCAUUGGAUGUUAUUAUUUCAGAGGAAUCGUUGCGUUCCGGCGUGGAUCAAACGGAGCUGCAGGAGCUCAAUGAAUUGGGUUUAAUCCUUGCAACGCCACGCGACUCGAAGCGUGCCUCCAUCAGCAAUGAGCUGCUUUGCAUUUGCGGUGCGGCAGAUGCCAAAAAUGCCACCUGCAGCUGUGCCACAGAGAAGGCGCCCAAGCUGCAGCGCACCCAAGACUCGAGGGAGUCGAGCUGCCCCUUGGAAACAGAACAAACGGAGGCACAGCUAAAGGAAUUAACAGCAAGCUUACCCAAUACAAAUGAGGACACUUCGCUGCACAGCCAGGCGGAGGAGAAUCCCCUGCUCAAGUGCUUCAUGGAGAACGGCUACUUGAACUACGAACGGCUAACAAAGUGUCUGGAGGGCCGAAAGCAGCAGCAGGAGCAACAGCAAUGUCAAGUAAUGGGACUCGCCAUUGUUGUGCAGUGCUUGCACAUGCAGAUGGACAAGUUAAGCUGCCAAGAUAAGAAGGCACAGACAACGCUGGCCGACACCAUUGCCAUGCUAAAGCAGACGCAGCACAAGUGUGAAGAGCUGCAGGAGUUGGAACAUCUGCACCGCAGCAAGCUGCAAGAAGCACAAGAUAAAGUGCAGGAGGUGCAGUUGCUGGCCAAGGAACGUUUCCUCGAGCUGGAGUCCCAGCUGCAGGCCAAAUAUGAUGAAAAAAAACAGGCGCUGCAAGCCUAUCAUCAGGAAAUGGCGCAUCAGCUCCGUCAAAAACAAGACCAGGUGAAUGCCGCUGAGCAGAAAGUGCUCCAGCUACAAGCGCGCAUUCGUGACCACGAAGCACAGGAGCAAGUGCUGCGUGAGAAGCUCACACGCAAGGAGAACACACAUGUGCGUUCCAUGUCCGCGGCCACACAGCGCGAAGAGGAGGCGCUAGAGCGUGUUAAAGAGCUGGCCAAGGAGCUGCAAGCUCUGCGCUCCAGCACUCAGCUGAAGGAGCGCGAUCUGCGCGACCGUCUGGCCUUGUCGCAGGAUGAGGUCAGCGUGUUGCGCACCUCCUCACAGCGUCGAGGUCCCAGCAACAGCAACGGCAGCCACAGCAACAGCAACAGCUUUAACGACAGUAGCGUCGAGCUGUGUCGUCUAACCAACGAGACGGAGAGUUUGCGCUGUGUGCUGGAGCUAAAGCAGGCAGAGAACUCGACGCUCUCGAAGCAGGUGGCAGAGCUGCAGCGGGAAAAAGAUGAGCAGCGCAGUCUAAGUAAUCACAUCACACUGCUGGAGGCACAGCAUGAAAUGUUGCGCACAGAGCUCGAGAGCAAGACAGAGAAAGAAAAAGAUAUUCAGCGCCAGAUGGAGGAGUUACAAAAAGCAUUCAUCCUCGAGAGCAUCAAGUGCAAGCGUCUCACCUGCGACAAGGAGGAACUGCAGUAUCAUCUCAAGCAACGCUCCGAGCAGCUCGUUCUGGUGCAAGCCCAGCUGCAUGAGCUCUGCAACUGCUCCCACGACAUCUCCAUCAACAGUCACUCGUACAGUCGAAGCAAUUCAAUGCGUGUCGACACAUCGAACACAUCGCCACCCGCCUCGCCAGUCAUCAAGGGGGUCAUCGAACGCAACGAUUCUGUUAGCUGGGUGCUCGAAAUGGACGAUGAGUCGCCACAGGUGGCCGCCUCGAAGUUGGUGCGACGUGCCGGCUCCUUGCGCAGCACCUGCGAACGUAGUCCCACCCAACGCCGACAGCCGCAGCUGUCGCAGAGUUACGCCAGCAAUGGCCACACCAAUGGCCAUGGUCAUGGCUCCAAUUCGCAUGUACAGGGUCCCAAUCCGCUGUCGCAAAGCAUGUCAGCCACAGCGCUGAUGCGUGGCCAGACCAAUGAGCCCGAGUCGCCGCGUCCACUCUGCCGAGCUCGCUCGCAAACGGUGUGCAACAACAAGGCGGCAGCAACAGCCUUUGAGAUGCGACCCCAGCGCCAGCAGCAACAGCAGCGUCAGCGACAGAGAUGCGAUGACGUCGAAGCGUCGCUAUCAGAAUGGCAUGUGGAUGAGCUGCGUUCCAGUUCGCCGAACCCGUUGCCACCGCCAGUUUUGGCCGAGAUGCGACCAUGCAGCAGCUCCGCAAUGAAGCUCAUGACUUGCGAUGCGUAUCCCAAGGCGCUCAAUAAGAAAUCCCAGGAGAUACAGGAGUCCGCGGGCGAGGCAAUGGUAUCCGGUGCCAAUUCAGAGGACGAGAGCUGCUCAGCUUCAUCGGAGGAUAUGCGCAGCUCGUCCGCCUCAAGCACUGCAUCAGCAGCGGGCUGUUCGCUAUCGAAACGCCAAAAGCAACCGUCACGCAUGUCCAUUGAGGAGGCGCUGCUGCUCGAUCAGGUGAACAGCCUGAAUGGCACACCCAUGGAGGUGAGCUGGUCCGAGGAUGCUGCCGAUGCGGAUGCCGCCAACAAUGGACACAGCAGCAUCGCAUGACAGCAGCCACCAUCAUUGGAUGUUGGUUAUGAGGAGCGUGCCGUCAUCGAGCAGAUUGCUGAGGCAGCCGAAGAGGCUUAUGAGAUGGCCACCGAUGACCAGCAGGAGGAGCUGAUUGUGGGCGAUGACGAUGACGACGACCAAGAUGAUGAAGAUGAUGAGGGCGAAGGUGUUGACUUCGAUGUUGAUGUGGAUGAUGAAGAUAAUGAUGAUGAUGAUAGCUUUUAAAGCAUAUGGCGCGCGCAUCUAGAUUGUAGAACAAUUCAAUGAGCAUCAUUAACUAAAAGCAUAGCUUGGCGCAAAUAUAAAAACUGAACAGAAUAAAACCGAAAAACUCGAUAAACUAGUAAAAGUCUUGAAGAGUAACAGGAUAAAACACACACA